UUCCAAUGAGUACACACGCUAAACUUGGUUUGAGUAGAUCCUUAAAGGAGGUUUCACCACCUCAAAAAGAAAGCCUGUCUAUUCAUUAAGUGCUGGAAAUGUUUCAUUCCCCUUAUACUGAAUAAUUGACUGAUCGAAAGAGUGAAGCCAUUGUAAGAUUCUGUAGACAAAGAUCAGGAGGGUUUUUAUUGGAGGAGAUUCAAGAAUUGAUUGAGAUAUUGAGAUUAUCAAUUGCUGAAAACAAUGCAUUGAUGUAACCAGCCAUCUAAAAAAUUUGCGAAACUGCCUCUGUUCCAUUCAUCAAAUUAAGAACCUCAGAUUAGUUGAAAUUUGUUCCGAAAUUAAGCGAAUUCCUUGAUACUUUGAAACCUGUUCUCUAUAGUCCUCAAUAAGAAUCAGGGAGUCAAUAGCCUGAAUUACGAAUGCCAGUAAUCAAGUUUUUGAAAUGUUUUGCAGAAGAAGGAAUUAGCGAGAUAAUGAAAGAGGAAGCUUCAUUUGAGCAAUAAAAGAAAUAAACAGAAUUGUCACCCUUGCAACAUCUCUUGAAGAAUGGAACAAGAGUAAUUAUAUAUCUGAAUAUCAAUAGAAUCUAAGGGCGUUGAAUUAAUCUAAUUUGAUUGAGAACAUCAUCUUUACUAUGCAGCAUUACUCAAAACAGUAUGAAUAUUUAUUGCCCUUACUUGAAUUGAUUUCCAGUUGCAUUCUCUAUAGAGAUUUAGCAGCUAAAUUUUCAAAUUUUGGCAUUCUAAAGGAUAUAGUUUAUGUGAUAUUUGAAUGCGAAGAUUUUAGAUCCUACAUUGUGAAAUCAUGCUUCGAGAUUAUUUGGAACACAAUUGAAGUAUAUAAGAUUAUCAAAUUAAUAGGCUGUUGGAGUGGCAUCAAUCAAAUUAUUUGCAGUGGAAGACAUCAUAUCAGGAUUGAAGAAGCUAUUCGAAAAUAUUAUGAAAUAGGGAUAUAAAUUGGAAGACAAAUGUUUAAGAAAUGAAAUCUUGAUCUUAUUAAACUAUUUAAUGAGAGAUGAGAAGGUAAAAUUAGAAUUCUACUAUUUAAGGCAUUACAAUAUUUUGUUGAUAAGCCUCAAGCUCAUACCAUUUAAUCAUAGACCAAUUUCCUAGAAGUCUUGCUAUUCUAUGCAACGAUUGAUGAGGUCACGUUCUACAAUGAACCAAUCAGAACUAAUUAGUUAAAAGCAUUCUUUGGUACCACUAGCGAAGAUUUAGAAUUUAAGAAAUUGAUUUGGAGUGGAAUUUUAACAGCUGUUUAAUCGGGCAAUUAAGCUGUCUUAGAGGCUGUUAAGGAGUCGCCUUUCAUUAUCACUCUAUUAUUAUACAUAGAUCCACUUGCGAAUAGUUAUGCAGUUAAUAGAUGGUCUCCUCCAUAGAAAAAAGAAAUAUAAUUACAUUGUUUAGGAAUAUUGGGAAAUGCAAUUGUAUAUUUAAAAGAUGAGUAAUAAAUGAAAAUAUUUUUCAACUAGUUUUUAUGAAAAGAAUGGUCUGUUUUGUCUAACCAAGUUUCUCACAAACACUCAAGAAUUGGAUCACAAGGAAAGAUGUUUGAAGGCCUUUAAUAAUGCUUCAGAAUUUGAAUAGAAUUACAAAAUCAAAAUUUGCGAUGAGGGUGUGAUGGAUAAUCUUAUUGAAUUCUUGUAAAAUGAAAAUGACAAUGAUAAUCCAUUAAAAAUAAAGGAGUUGUGUUUCUCCAUUAUAUCCAAUUUGUGUAAGGAGUGCAAUAAAAAUAAGAAGUUAUUUAGAUAAAAGGGUGCUGUUGAAUUAAUGGUUAACGCAUUAAAGAAUCCUAAUUUAGGUACAAGUGCAAGAUAUGCUCUCUAUGCAGUUAGUGUUCUCGAUUGCUUAUGGAACACUAUCCUAGGCAAUAGAAAAUCUGAAGCCAUCUUUUUGGAUUCUGAAGGUCUCUAUGUAUUGUUGGAAUUCCUGGAAACUUGUGAUGAUAUGCAUAAGAAACUUACUCUAUCUUGUUUAAGUUACUUGAUGGAAAAUCCUAAGGCCAUUCCAUACUUUUGUGAUUGGAACUCUCCUAAAACUAUGAUCAACAGUACAUAGUUACUGGUCAAGAUUUAUGUCGCAGAAGAUCAAAGAUAUGGAGUCAAAUAUUCUGAUGGCAUUGUCACCAACAAGCUCAGACCUUUGAAUCCACAAAAUGAUCCCAGUCUUAGAACACCCAAUCAACAGGGAGAUCAGAAAUCAAAACAAAUGAAAUCGCUUAGAAUCCAAUAGGAGGAUUUGGAAUCAGAUGUUGGAAGUGAAGCUUAUUUAGUAAGAAGGAUAACUGAAAAAUCAGCUGAAUACGAUUUAAGAGCAAUUGUGUUUGCUAUAUUGUAUAGAACAGGAUUUGAUAAGAAUGAAUUGCUACCGAAUGAGAAGUAGAUGGUUGAAGUUAUACAAUUGUAUCCUCAUUUUAAAAUAGGAGAAAUCUGGAGAGAAAUCAAGUAUGAUCUUGAAUAAGAUAAAAUCAAGCCUACUUCAGAUGAUUAUCAUUGGCUGAUGACUUCCAUUGAAGAAUCUGAAGAACUUGUAAUGAACUGCAUGAAUACUUAAGGACUUGUAUCACUUUUUAUUAUAACUUUAGAUUGCAAGAGAGUUCAGAAAAGUCCAAGAAGAAGAACUAACCAAAUUUUACGAUAUUAUUAGAAGUAACAAGUUAACUAAAUGA